AAGCUAAAUUUUAGUUCGGAGUGGAUUGUCAUACGAGGUGUUCAAACGCAAAGUAUUUAAUGCAAAUAAAUUUUACGAAGAAAUAAUUUUAAUAUAAAAUUAAUUUAAAAUAAUGUUACUAUAAUAAAAUAAAAGAAAAAAAAAAAUAAAAAACAAACAUGGUUAAUUUUUUAAAAUUUUAUUAAAAAAAAAUCUGAAAAAAAACAACUAAUUCCAAUAUUAACAAAUACCAAUUUAAUUUAAGAUUAAAAGUAAAAAAAAUUUGGACAUGAAAAAUAUUAUCUAUACUUAUGUAUACAAUUCGUUUAUAUGUGUAUAUCUAUAAAAUUAAGCAAUAUUUCAGAGAAAGUGUUUCAAAAUAACUAGAGUAGGUACCUACGAAUUAAAAAUUGCAAAAAAAAAAAGAAAUAAUUAAAAAUGUUAAGUUUUUUUGCCAUAACAUUAAUUUCAUGUUUUUUCUGUACAGAAUCUGCUCGUGAAGAUGAUGGACCAUAUCAAGGAAAACUAAUUGGGAAAUUAAAUUCUUAUCAUCAUCAGGUUUCUGGUGAAGUAUACGCUGUAAAUGAAUAUAAAUUUCUGUUAUCAAAUUUUAAUUAUGAUGGAAACGGUGCUGAUACUUUUUUUUGGGCAGGAGCAUCUAAUAGACCUGGACCGCAAGGUUUUAUUGUUCCUGACGAAUAUGGAAAAACAAAUAUUUUAGAACGUUAUUUUAAUAAAGAAUUCACAAUAUCACUGCCCGAUAAAAAGAAAAUUACCGAAAUCAAAUGGUUAGCAAUUUAUGAUUUAAAUAGUCAAAAUAAUUUUGGUGAUAUUUAUAUACCGGAUGAAUUUGAGCCUCCAAUGCCACAAAGAAUUGGUACCUUGUCGAAACGUAGCCAUAAUGUUAGUAGUAGUGAAAUUGAGAUUUUAGAUUCAAAAACAAUUCGUAUUACCGAUUUUAAUUAUGAUGGUAAUGGUAAAAGAGCACAUUUUUGGACUGGUGUCGGACCGCAACCAUCGAGUAAAGGAAAUAAGAUUCCCAAUGAAUUGGGAUAUUUGGAUCCACUUGGAAAAUAUGAAAAACAAACCAUUAUUUUAGAACUUCCUGGUGAAACAACUAUUUUUGAUAUAGAUUGGAUUAGUGUAUUUGAUUUGGAGACAAACGAAAAUUUUGGUUCUAUUAUUAUUAUAGAUGGUUUAAAUGUUCCACCGUCAUUAGCAAAAGUAUAUCCGCAUAUAGAUGCACUGCCUAACUGUCGUCAACUUCAUAAAGAUUUUCAUGUUUCAUGGGAAGUUUUUGGGCCUCAAAUAACGAUACAAUUAUCAGGACAAAUUAAUGAAAAUGAUUAUAUGUCUUUUGGUAUCUCUGGAUCUGAAAGUCGAAGUCAAAUGAUUGGAGCAGAUGUUGUCGUUGCAUAUAUUGACAGUAUACGAGGAUACGCAACUGAUUAUAAUAUAACCUCAUUGGCUCCGUGUGUUCAAGUUUUAGGUCAAAACAAAGGCGUUUGUCGGGAUGAUGCUGUUGGAGGCUAUGAUAGUUUUCAAUUAAAUACAUAUAAAAGGGAAAAUGGAAUUAAUACAAUAAAUUUUAGAAGAACUUUAAUCUCACCUGAUAGUGGGGAUAAAGAAUUUCGUCUUGAUCGAGAUAUGUAUAUUGUUUGGGCCUUAGGAGAACUAGAUUCAAAUAAUGAACCAGCUUAUCAUGAUAUUUUCCCGAAAGGUGAUGUAAAAAUUCAUUUUAAUACAAGUGAACCAGUAAAUGACUGUUUUGCUUUUACAAAAAGUGAACCCAAAGAAACACUAGAAAUUUGGGAUCAAGUACAUAUAACAGACAGAGCAAUUCGAUCAUUUACUGCAAUUUUGGGUCCAUCUGCCGGAAAAAGAGGAUACCAAGGAUUGACAGGUCAUGUUUCUAAUGGUUUGGCAUGGUAUAUCAAUGGAUAUUUAAUUCCAGAAUUGUGGCUAAGAAGGGGAUUAACAUAUGCGUUUAAAGUUCGAGGCGGUAAUAAUCCUCAUUCACCAGAAUACUAUCAUCCUUUAGUUAUAACUGAUGAGCCCCGAGGCGGAUUCGAUCGACUUUCAGAUGCUAAACAAAGUGAAAUACGCGUUUUAGCUGGGGUGGAAUUUACACGAAGAGGUCGUCCAAAACCAAAAGCUGCUGGGCCAUUAUGUUUGGGAUCAUAUCCAGCAGGUUAUGAUAGGCGUUUUGAUGAUCGUUUCCCAACUUUCAAAAAAUUCAAUCGAACUUUACAAUAUCAUUGUGAAGAUGGUGAGCCAGCUAUUUUAGAAAUCACACCGAAUUCUUCAUGGCCAGAUACAGUUUAUUAUAACAGUUUUACGCAUGCAAAUAUGGGAUGGAAAAUUCAUAUUAUUGAUAGUUAUGCAAGAAAUAGUAUUGUAGAUAUUCAACAUCAACCAAUUAGUUCAUAUUUAUUAUAUAUGGGCUUAUUUUAUAUGUAUGAUAUUUUAAAUAAUAAAUUAUAUGUAAUAUAAAGUAUAAUAUUUUUGUAAAAAUUUAUGACUGAAUCAUUACGUACAUAUAUGUAUGUAUGCAUGUACAUAAAAAAUUUAGUAUCGAUCAAAAUAUUUUUAUAAAAAAAAACACAAUAAA